GUGAGCAUCAGCAGCGAAAGCGAACGAAGUGAACGCACGCCAAGCGCAAAGUGUUGAGAUAAAGCGAACCAAACGGACGUGUUUUUUUUGGCGGAGGCACGUGAAAUGAAAUAGGAAUAUAUAAAUAUAUAAAUAUAUAUAUAAAUACCUACUUGUAUGCGAAUGUAUAUCAACAAGUGGAUAUUUCUAAGUGAUAGUGCUAAAGGGGAAAAUAUUUCAAAUCCGAAAAUAGUCCAAAAAAUUCAACUUAUCCAAUACGACUUUUCGAAUUUCGGGCUAAAGUGCUUUAAGGUAUUUAAAAAUUCACACAAAACGUGUUUUUUUUUCGAAUUUAAGAAAAGGAAUUUCCGAUACAUAAAUUCUACUAACCUGCUUAAGAAUGCCAGCGGAAGACAGAAGAAGCGAAUUUGCUAAAACAUAACAGAAAACCAAUUAAAACCAUAUAAAAAUCGCCAUUCAAGAAGUGAUCCGCACAUGCAACUUUCAAUGAAUUUUUAUUUAAAAAUUUAGUGUUUCAAAUAGCAAAAUAAAUUUUUUAAUAUUGGCAGAAGAUUGCCGAAUUUAAAGCCCGAAAAAUCGACACUUCAAAAGCCCACUUUUAUGCUCGAACAAUUUUUUUAAAUGCCCAUUUGUAUGCGUCCACGUUGGGAAUAUAAAAUUUCAUUUUAUUUACACUAUUUCGUCUGAUCGUGGCUUACAUUUUAAAUUUUUUUUUUAAACCGCAACAACAAAGCUGUGCGUUCGCCAAAAAUCACAUAAAUAACCUGCAAGUGAAAUUGGUUUGUUUGUGCGCGGAUUUUGUGCUACAGAGCAAGCGACAAGAAUCUGCUUGAAAUAAUUCAAAAGCCUGAUCUGUUGUUUUCAUUAAAGUGUACUAAAAUUUCAACCGAAUUUGCAUUAGUUGAAAUAACAACAACAACAACAACAACAACACUUUCAGUACGCGCGUGGAUUUCAGUGCGGAAAAAAUCUGCAAAAUCGACCGAAUUUGUGGAGCAUACAAAACGAACUUUUUCCGCCAGCGACAUCAACACACACAAAUGCAUAAACCAUUUGUAGAUAUCACCACAUCUAUGUCACAAUGAAGAGUAUUAUUUCUCACUUCUAUAGUAAUUAUGGCUUUAGUUUUAUUUAUGUGAUACUAGUUUGUACAACAUUAGCGCACAGUGUACCGUCUUGCGGUUUAUAUGGAGCGCCGCCGUGUCAGUUUGUACCAGCGCCGCCGGGACAAACGCCAUCAUGCGCACGACCAGGCCGAACCUAUUGCGAGCAUGUGGACAAUUAUCCAACCUAUCUCAUCAAACAUCUCGUACACAAAUGGGGUUACGAAGCGAAAAAUCUGCUUGUCGACGAGUCUUGGGAUGAAUUCGCCGCAUUGACGUGGCAUGAAUCACCCGUCUUCUACGAUCCAGCGUUCAUUUUCUCACAUCACCGUCCCUAUAAUGGCGGGGCGAAUGGCGCUGAUGACUUCAAUGGCUACAAAUAUGGUACACCCGGUGGUAACGGCAAGGCUGGAGGAGUUGGCGCUGCCAGUAAAAAUGAAAAUACAUUUAUCAUAACAAAAGCACAGACAACAGAGACACCAACUUUCCUGUUCUACACCUCCGCCGGUCAGCAUUUGAAUAAGAAUCAGGUGAACAGCUAUAAUUUGGGUGGCAGCGCAGGUGAUGCCGGUGGUAGUGCGCAUAAGGUGUCAUCCAACAGUCCAGCCUUUUGGCUGAAGCGCGUGUCGCGCAAUGUGGACGGUGUGGUGGGCGUUGAGGUUGGCGGUAAUUUUAGCGCUGCCCUGACAAAAUUCGACCCCGAGUCACAGCAAGAUACGCUGAGUCGCGCGAAACGCAGUGCAUCUUCCUCAUCUACAUCGAGACUAUCUCGCGACGUUUCACUCAAUAUGGAUCUCUUGGACAUCAUUGGCGUCGAUAAGGGCGCUAAAACGCGUACGAAGCGUCAAAGUCCCGGCAGGGAGACACUCUGCAAGACCACAUCACAAUUUAUUACACCACAAGCGGCGCUAAAUAAUAAAGGAAACUGGAUGUUUGUGGUGAACGAGCCGAGUACGGCACGCCAAAUGGUCAAAGCGGAGUUGUGCGCCUCAAACACCUGCUCGAAUCUCUGCCAAUUGCCCAACGGUUAUAACUCCAGAUGCGAACAGAAAUUCGUACAGAAACGGCUGAUUGCACUGCAGGCCAACGGUCAAAAUCUCUACACGGACUCAUUUUGGUUCCCGAGCUGUUGCGUUUGCACGAUAGCGGCGAAUUGAGUGGACGGCAAGGGAGCGCGCGGCACGAGGAGCUGACACAGGAGCAUGCAGAGAACGAUGCCUUGCGGCGGCUGAAGGAUGUUGCGCUGACUUUUGGCGCUUUUAUUUUUGCAUGCGUUCACACGUUCAUUGUUUGAUUAAUUUAUGGAGACUUAAAUAAUUUAUCAACUCAAAUUUAAUAAAUAGCAAACGCCACGGAGGAAAACAUUAAGUAAGAAAGACACACACCCAUGCGAACACUCCAAAUCAUUAUGACAUCAAAAUUAUAAAAAAUAAAACUUUCAACGAUCUGUAGUGAGUAAACAAUUUGUAUUUAGAGAAAACAUUUUAUAAUUUUUAAUUU